AUGGCGUUGACACGCAAAAAGUCGUUGAAGAAGGACGUAUACCGUUUCAUACGGUGGUUGCGGGAGUACGCGAUCGGGCACGAACGGUUCGUCGGUUACAAAGAAGAUACGAAGCCAGCUGCGAAGCCCGAUCCGCCCAAGACGAACCAAGGAGGUACGCACGGACUCCGUACGGCUCCAACUCAGUCGACACCGCGAGCACCAGCGACAGCGACGACGCCCCAGGCACCACUUGGGCUGACGUCAGCGAACAGCUCUCUGAAGUGCAAGUCUACGAACCAUCGCGUACGGGAGUGCCCGGGUAUCACUGAGGAGGAAGCAGUGAAGCCCCCCAAGCCACACGGACGAGUCCUCGGCCGUGGACGGAGCGACGGUGAUCGUGGACGAAGGGACGGUGGACGUGGAAACGGACCCCAAGGUGUGUUGACCGUAAAGGCUUCGUUGCUCGACUCCGGAGCUGACUUGUCGGUGGCAUCUGGUGGCCUCGUGUCGGCCUUACUGGCAGAGGGUGCUGCGCCAGAGAUCACGAUCAUGGGACCGUUUUCCCUACGGCCGUACUGA